CAAAAAUUUUGGGAACUCGAAGAAAUAUCCGUAGCCAAAACCGUAACCGAGGUGGACGAAAAUUGAGAAACCCAUUACGUCAACACUACUCAAAGGUUACCGGAUGGUAGAUAUAUGAAAUAUCGCUAUGGGGCAAUACGCUCGGCUCUACAAAACAUUGCUUAAAGACGAGGCCAUAAAUUUGGAAUACUCCCGAGUCCUUCAAGAGUACAUUGACCUAGGUCACAUGACAGAAGUUCCACCCAUGGAAAUCAUUCAGAAAAAUCAAUAUCUCUCGUUUUACCUUCCUCACCAUGCGGUCGUCCGGCCCGAAAGUAAAUCCACCAAAUUACGCGUGGUAUUUAACGCAUCGCGUAAAACCCAUUCUCAAUUUGCAUUAAACGAUGUUCUCCAUAAAGGCCCCGUCCUCCAAGGGGACCUUUUAGGCAUCUUACUCAAUUGGAGACUGUACAAAUUCGUGUUUAACGGCGACAUUGAAAAAAUGUACAGGCAAAUUUUAGUCCAUCCGGACGAUCGCCCAUUCCAGCGUCUAAUAUUCCGUCCCAAACAAUCAGCAAUCAUGAAAGAUUUCCAGCUGAAUACGGUCACAUUCGGGGUAAACUGCGCUCCAUUCCUAGCAAUUCGCACGCUGCAACAGCUAGCUACGGACUGCAAAGAAAAAUACCCUAGGGCAAGCCAAAUCCUGCUCCAGGAAACUUAUGUCGACGACAUACUUGCCGGUGCUCACACUCUCGAGGACGCAAAAAAUGCCCAAAGCCAACUUAUUGCGUCGCUAAAAUCCGCAGGAUUUCUCCUCAAAAAGAACACUGCAAAUCACAUCAAGCUGUUGGAGAAUAUAGCUGUUGCAGACCGGUUAGAUACCGAAUUUUUGGAGGUGUCCGAAGCAAGUACGACCAAGACGCUAGGAAUAAAAUGGGACGCACAGAAUGACGUGUUCCAAUACAAUAUAAAAGCACCCACUCCAUGCAAAACAAUCACCAAAAGAGCAAUGCUAUCCCACGCAUCCACUUUGUUUGACCCGGCAGGAUGGCUUACGCCUAUCGUAAUCCACGCGAAACUGCUGCUCCAAUCCCUUUGGAAAGAAGGUCAAGACUGGGACGAGUGUGUCAAGCCAACUACAUUGACCACUUGGAACAAAUUUCUCGAAGUUUUACCAUAUAUAAAGACCAUCAGCAUACCCAGAUGGGUAGGAUACGAGCCAACGCAAGACAUCCAAUUGCAUGGAUUUUCGGACGCAUCAGAAAAAGCAUAUUGUGCCGCAAUAUACAUUCGAUCUAGUUACGCUGAAUCACCCGCCCAAUCCCAUUUAUUAGUUGCUAAAACCAAGGUUGCGCCACUCAAAGCAGUAAGCUUGUCGCGCUUAGAAUUAUGCGGCGCACAUCUCUUGGCACGGCUAGUGCAACAUACAUUCAAGACAACGCAACUUCCCGAGCUAAAAACCUUCUUGUGGUCGGAUUCCACCAUAGUCCUAGCAUGGCUGGAAAAACCACCAGGUACAUGGAAAACGUUUGUCGCAAAUCGUACGGCCGCCAUACAAGAAAAAACUCACAAUGCCAAAUGGAGCCACGUAAAAUCCCACGAUAACCCGGCCGACUUAGGCACCCGCGGCUGUACCCCCACCGAACUCAAAGACUCGCUAUUAUGGUGGCACGGGCCAAAAUGGCUAUCAAUCCCAGAGGAAAAUUGGCCUUGCAGCCAAGCUCCUGCUAUCACUCCUCCAGAACAGAAGAAGGUUCAGCAGUUUUUCACGGAAUCUGAAAACUGUGAUAUAUGUGAACAAUUCACGACUUACUCGCGGGCACUACGAGCAACAGCACGAAUUAUGCGUUGGUAUCAAGCAAAUCCCGCAACUCCCAAGGACAGUGCUCUCCAAAUCAAAGACGCCAAAACUAGGCUUAUUAUAGCAGCACAACGCCUUUUCUAUCCAAAAGAAUAUGAUCAGUUACUCAGCCAACAUCCUAUCUCCAACAAAAGCAAGUUAAGUACUUUAUGCCCAAUCAUUGAUUCCGUUGGGCAAAUUAGAAUCAAUAGUAGAUUAGCCAACGCAAACAUACCCUACAAGGAACGAUUUCCCAUACUAUUACCACCCAAAUCGAAACUUACCACCCUGUUUAUCGACUUCAUCCACAGCACUCUUCUUCAUGCUCAAAACCAGCUGAUGCUAAGAGCGAUUCGGCAAGAAUUCUUUGUCCCCAAACUAGCCAAUCUCGUUAAGGCAUCUAUUCGCAAAUGUAUAACAUGUACGCGUUUUAAACAAGUCACAAAAAAUCAAAUUAUGGCCGCACUUCCCCCGAAAGAACACAAUUUUCUCCCGCGUUCACUAUAA